AUGCUUAGACUACUGAAAGAUUUACGACACGACAAUCUGAACACAUUUAUCGGCGCGUCUGUCGAAACGCCCAAUAUUUGCAUUUUAAACGAUUACUGCUCCAGAGGUAGUCUUUUAGAUGUUAUUCACAGUGAUGUCAAUUUGGAUCAUAUUUUCAUUGCAUCGAUGAUUGGAGACAUAAUUCGUGGAAUGGCAUAUCUUCACGAAUCGCCAGUCAUUUCUCACGGAAACCUGAAGUCAUCCAAUUGUUUAGUAGAUAGUCGUUGGGCCGUCAAAAUUAGUGACUUUGGUCUUCACGAACUGAAGGCUAACUGUGAAUGUGAUCCGGAGGUGACCCAAACCAUUGAACACCACUACCAGCAACUGCUAUGGAAAGCACCCGAAUUACUUCGACCUAAUAGUCUGCCCCCAAAUGGCACACAAAAAGCGGACGUCUAUUCAUUUGGAAUAAUUCUAUACGAAGUGUUGUCCCGAUCUGAACCCUAUGCCAACACACUAUUGAGUUAUUCAGAAAUAAUCAACAGAAUAAUGAAUAGAAACCAAAGCAAUGAGUGUUUGAGACCAUCGUUGGAUGUGUUGAGAGAGUCUAUAUAUAAAGACAAUUCUGGCAGAAAAUAUAAGAUCCCGGAGUCAUGUAUUUGGACAAUGAGGCAGUGCUGGAGUGAAUGUCCCGAAGAAAGGCCUGACUUUAAAACUAUUCGAAACCGAUUGAGACCAAUGAGGAAAGGCCUGAAAAAUAAUAUAUUAGACAAUAUGUUAGAUAUGAUGGAGCGCUACACCACUAACUUAGAGACAAUUGUUGACGAAAGGACUGACCAAUUGGUUCAGGAAAAGAAGAAGACCGACGCCUUGCUCUAUAAGAUGUUACCGCCGUCUGUGGCCGACUCACUGCGAAGGGGACAGUCUGUUGAGGCCGAGUCUUUCGAUGCCGUCACUGUCUUCUUCAGGUAG